AACGAGCGAGGGAGUUGCAGCCACUGUAUACCGCACGGAUGAGCAGAGAAGCACACAUCUCGUUCUGCCGCAAAUCGGUGACGCGAUUGUUGUAACGCCAUGGAGAUCUCGGCUGCGUUGUACGGGCCCCUCCCGGCCGGCAAGGUUGUGCUGUACUGCGCGUCGGCAGUGGCGAUCGCGGUGUGCUGCUACUGCGUGCAACUCGUGGUACAGACGAUUCAAGUGUAUGCGCGCCUGCGCAGCGUUCCCGGACCGAAGCAGCGCUUCCCAUUCUCGUUUUUCGUGGACAUGUGGCUGGGCUCUGUCGCCAAGGAUUCGCCACUGGAGGUGCCGGCGAGGAUAUUCGAAUAUGUGAAGUCCAUGUGCCAGGAUAUUGUAGACCAAGACGUGACGAUGAGCUUCCACGGACCAAUGCCCAUUCUCAUAGCGGUUACUCCUUCGGUUGCGGAGAGGGUGCUGUCUGGCACGGAAAACGUGAACAAAUCAUUCCUGUAUACCAUGAUGAAGAGUUGGAUCGGCAAUGGGCUUCUUACAAGCGAGAAGAACAUCUGGAGGAAACGCAGGAAAGCUCUGACGCCGGCGUUUCACUUCCGCAUCCUGGACGAAUACGUGCCCAUCAUGAACAGACGGGCGGCCAUGCUUGCAGACAAGCUGGCUGUCUUGAGCCGAGACUACUUCGACCUGCUGCCAGUCAUGAGGCUGACCACGUUCGCCAUUCUCUUCGAAACUGCCAUGGGUGUAAAGCUUGAUGAAGAGGACGUCGAAAAAACCGAAUUCUUGAAAGUGAAUGACGAAAUGGCUGCCGCAAUCAUGACGAGACUGAUCACGGCACACCACUGGCCCGAUUUUAUCUACAAGCGAACGAAGGAAGGCCGGAAGUUUUACGAAAAAGUGGAACUCGUAAAGAAGUACACGCAAGACAUCCUCCGAAGUCGCAAGAAGGCGUACAAGAUCGAAGGUGCGCAGGCGGAGCGGAAGCAGCAGAGUUUCAUGGACAUUUUGCUCCGCAUGCACAUGGAAGAGGGCGUCUUCACCGAGGAAGAAAUCAGGGAGGAGGUCAACACGUUCAUGAUCGGGGGAUUCGACACGACAGCCAUGGCGGCGUCCUUCGCGCUUCACCUGCUGGGCAACCACCCGGAAGCGCAGGCGAAAGUCCACGAGGAGCUCGACGCCGUGUUCGGGUCUGACGAGGAACGGCCGGUGACCACAGAGGAUAUCAAACAACUCAAGUACUUGGACUGCGUCAUCAAGGAGGCCCUUCGACUUUAUCCUCCUAUUCCACUCAUUGCGAGAGAGCUGGGAGAAGACAUCUCCAUCGAAAAGUACACCAUUCCGAAAGGAAGCGUCUCUCUCGUUCUCAUCUACUUCAUGCACCGACAUCCUCGCUUCUUUCCUCAACCAAACGCCUUUGUACCGGAGAGGUUCUUGGAGGCCGAUAAGGAACGUCACCCGUUCUUGUACAUCCCGUUUGCCAGCGGUUCUCGCAACUGCAUAGGCCAGAAGUUUGCUCAACUAGAAGACAAGAUUCUGCUGGCUCAGAUCCUGAGGCGAUUUAAAGUGCAGUCGAAGAUUCCAAACGAAGACCUUCAGAUGUCGCUCGAGCUCGUAUUGCGCCCCACUCAAGGCCUGCAUGUGAAGUUCACGCCCAGGGUCCGUACGGACCCGGGAACUGAGGCGAAGACGUAGUAGUUCUACGGUGCACCGUCACGCUAUGUGAAGUGGUGUAUUUCUCUUUCUUGAGCUUAACCACAACAUUUAAAAUCAUUCUUCUUCAAAUACCUUUCAAUAAAUUAUCUCACGUGUGGA